AUGGGCUCCGUUGAACCGCUCUCCCGGGGCUACAUCCGAGUCGCCAUAGACAGGGGAGGGACAUUCACUGAUGUCCAUGCGUACAUCCCUAAUGUGGCUGGGAGCGAGCUCAUCCUCAAGCUGUUGUCGGUAGAUCCUCGGAAUUAUCAGGAUGCCCCAACUGAAGCUAUCCGGCGCGUACUCUCGCAUUUUCGAGGCGCCGAUGUGUCACGAAGUGAGCCCCUGGACAUUUCGGAAGUUGAGUCGAUCCGAAUGGGGACAACAAUUGCCACAAAUGCCCUGCUUGAGAGGCAAGGUGAGCGAGUGGCUCUCUUGAUCACCAAAGGCUUCAGAGACCUCUUGGUCAUCGGCAAUCAGGCAAGACCACAUAUUUUCGAUCUGAGUGUCCAGAAGCUCCACAACCUCUACGAAAAGGUCGUUGAGAUUGAUGAGCGAGUCACCAUGGAGGAAUUUCUAGAGAACCCGGAGAAAGUUCCAAUUGAUAUCAGUCAAGAUGAUGCCCUUGUGGAGGGAAUCACCGGAGAGCCUGUGAGAAUCCUCAGGCGGCCCGACAUGGAAGAAAUCCGUGAACAACUUGAGCAUCUGAAAAGGGAGAGCUUCAAAAGCCUCGCACUUUGCCUGAUCCAUUCAUAUAUAUACCCGAACCACGAGCGUGAGAUUGCACUGUUAGCGAGGAGCAUGGGGUUUGACGUGUCUGUGUCAUCAGAGCUGCAGCCUACGAUAAAGAUGGUGUCCCGGGGAAACUCAGCGACGGCGGAUGCUUACCUGUCGCCCUUGAUCCACCGAUAUGUGAGAGACUUCAGCACCGGAUUCAAGGACGGAAUGGCGGCGGUAGCCCCCAAGCUUCUGUUCAUGCAGAGUGAUGGUGGUCUUUGCUCCUGGAAGAACUUUUCUGGUCUGCGAGCCAUUCUCUCGGGACCAGCGGGCGGGGUUAUAGGAUAUGCUCAGUCGUGCUUUGACCCGGCAACCGGGACGCCAGUGAUCGGCUUCGACAUGGGUGGAACGUCGACCGACGUGAGCCGAUUCAGUGGCAAGUACGACCAUAUUUUCGAGUCUGAGACCGCCGAAGUCACCCUGCAGACACCGCAGCUGGACAUAAACACCGUCGCUGCUGGUGGCGGCUCGAUCCUGCAUUGGAAGAAUGGGCUUUUCGCAAUUGGGCCCGAUUCUGCUGGCGCCCAUCCUGGCCCGGUAUGCUACCGUAAAGGUGGACCCCUGACUGUCACAGAUGCCAAUCUGUUUCUGGGCCGUCUACGACCAGAAUACUUUCCUGCCAUAUUCGGCCCAGAUGAAGACCAGGCCCUUGACUAUGAUGCGACUGCGGCGGCCUUUACCCAAUUGACAGCCGAUAUCAACAGUGAGGAGAGGAUGAACCUGACCCCGGAAGAAGUUGCCAGCGGCUUCCUCCGCGUCGCAAACGAAAGCAUGAGCCGACCCAUACGCUCACUGACAGAAGGGCGAGGAAUCAGAACAUCGGAUCAUAUGCUCGCUACCUUCGGUGGUGCCGGUGGCCAGCACGCAUGUGAUGUUGCCGAAGCACUGGGGAUCGAACGAGUCACAAUUCACCACUUCUCUUCCGUUUUGUCGGCAUUUGGGAUGGCCUUGUCAGACCUUGCGUACGAAUUCCAACAGCCGCGCGCUGCCGUACUUUCACAACUGAGUGAGGAGCAACUCGAGGCCGAAUUUGGUGCCAUGUCAAAUGAGGCUGUCCACGGACUCAACGCGCAGGGGUUCACAGACAGCUCCAUUGAGUUCGAGUUCUUCCUCAACCUGAGAUACAAAGGAACUAACAGCACGUUAAUGAUUCGAAAGCCGGUCGACGAUUGGGACUUCUGUCGUGUCUUUCUGGAGCAACACCAAGAAGAGUUUGGCUUCACGCUCGAUCGGGAGAUUCUGGUCGAGGACAUUCGCGUACGCGCUUUAGGAAAGACGUCGGGCCUUGACCUCACGAGCGUGAGCGAGGCUAUGAAAGGUACGGCCUUGCUCUCGGUAGGGUCCGAUAAAGCCGUCAAGGAAACUCGAUUGUACACUGGCGCUAGCUGGCAGGACGUUCCACUUUACAAGCUCGAGGAUCUUCCUACAGGGGCCAGGAUUGCGGGACCGGCAAUAAUACUGGACCAAACACAAACGAUUCUAGUUCAGCCAGCGUGGUCCGCAACAUGCCUUUCUCGACAUCUGGUGCUCGAGAAGGAGGUCGGUUUGAAGAAUGCAUCUCAAUUAGAGAACGAUGAUUUCGUCGACCCAAUUCAACUCUCUGUGUUUGGACAUCGCUUCAUGAGCAUUGCCGAGCAAAUGGGUCGAUCCCUAUCAAAGACGUCGGUCUCGAUCAACAUCAAGGAGCGCCUCGACUACUCAUGCGCCGUCUUCUCGCCUUCCGGGGGCUUGGUCGCUAAUGCUCCGCACAUCCCGUGUCAUCUGGGUGCAAUGGGGCAUGCUGUCGCUUAUCAAGCCGAGAAAUGGGGCAAUGCUCUGCGGCCGGGGGACGUACUCGUCUCGAACCAUCCCGCCUCGGGUGGUUCGCAUCUUCCUGACAUCACUGUUAUAACUCCAGUGAUAGACGAGCUGACAAACGAAGUGCUAUUCUGGGCCGCUUCGAGGGCUCACCACGCUGACAUUGGCGGUAUUGCGGCCGGGUCUAUGCCACCGCACUCCAAGGAGAUAUGGCAAGAAGGUGCCUCAUUCACCUCGUUCAAGUUGGUUGACGGCGGCGUCUUCGAUGAGCAAGGCCUGAUGGAGAUCCUCCUCACUAAGCCUGCGAGCUACCCAGGCUGCACUGGAACUCGCACCUGGUCCGAUAAUCUCAACGAUGUGAAAGCCCAGAUUGCAGCCAACACCAAGGGCAUCAGGCUCAUUAGAGAGGCAAUCAAGGAAUAUGGGUUAUCGACGGUUCAGAAAUACAUGGUUGGCAUCCAGGACAACGCGGAAAAGGUCGUUCGAAGCCUCUUGCGACGUGUCCAUGACCAAUUUAGCGGGUCGCCUCUUGAGGCGGAAGACCAUAUGGACGAUGGGUCAGUCCUAAAACUCAAGAUCAACAUUGACCGAGAAAGAGGCUCAGCCACGUUCGAUUUCACGGGUACGAGCAAGGAAGUAUAUGGAAACCUCAAUGCACCUAGGGCCAUAACCUUCAGUGCCAUCAUCUACGUGCUUCGCUCGCUUGUCAACGAAGACAUCCCUCUCAAUCAAGGCUGUUUGACGCCGAUCAAUGUCGUUCUGCCGGCGGGAACCAUCUUGUCACCAUCACUUGGAGCAGCAACCGUCGGCGGCAACGUUGAAACGUCUCAGCGUGUAACAGAUCUAGUUCUUCGGGCAUUCCAGGCUGCGGCGGCUAGCCAAGGGACUUGCAAUAACCUCUCCUUUGGCUACGGAGGGCAGAUUGUGGACGGGAACCCUGUACCUGGCUUUGGCUACUAUGAGACAAUCGCGGGCGGGGCCGGCGCCGGCCCGGACUGGAAUGGACAAUCUGGCGUCCACGUGCACAUGACGAAUACGCGCAUAACAGAUCCAGAAUCGUUAGAGCGGCGAUACCCUUGCAUUCUACGCGAGUUCAGCCUGCGCAGGGGCUCCGGCGGCGAAGGUUUACACGACGGCGGCGACGGCUGCAUUCGAGAUAUUGAGUUCCGCCGAGAAGUCGACGUCAGUGUGCUCAGCGAACGGCGCAUAGUAAGACCCUUUGGGCUCUGUGGCGGCGAACCGGGUUUGCCCGGUGAAAACAUCUGGAUACGAACGGACGAAUUUGGCACCAGAGAGAUCUUCCUUGGCGGGAAGAACUCUUGUGUCAUGAAGAAAGGGGAUCGCAUCAUUAUAAGGGGUCCCGUCGUUGACGUUUACUGCCUCAUUGACAAGCGUGAUCCUGCUGCUGGAUUCAAACGAUGCCCAGUCGCUUCGGGCCAGGAGGCUCGGGCUGUGGAUUUCUACUGCAUCAUCGACAAGCGCGACUUGAACUCCCCCAUCAAGCGGUGCGGCCCUACCCCGCCCUCAGAGUAG